AUGGCGGCCGCCAAGGUGGCUUUAACCAAGCGAGCAGAUCCCGCUGAGCUCAGAACAAUAUUUUUGAAGUAUGCAAGCAUUGAGAAGAAUGGUGAAUUUUUCAUGUCUCCCGAUGACUUUGUCACUCGAUAUUUGAACAUUUUUGGAGAAAGCAAGCCUAAUCCAAAGGCUGUGGAACUUUUAAGCGGGGUAGUGGAUCAAACCAAGGAUGGAUUAAUAUCCUUUCAAGAAUUUGUAGCCUUUGAAUCUGUCCUGUGCGCCCCGGAUGCUUUGUUCAUGGUGGCCUUCCAGCUGUUUGACAAAGCUGGCAAAGGAGAGGUGACGUUUGAGGACGUUAAACAAGUUUUUGAACUGACCACGAUUCAUCAACGUAUUCCAUUCAACUGGGAUUCAGAAUUUGUGCAACUACAUUUUGGAAAAGAAAGAAAGAGACAUCUGACAUAUGCGGAAUUCACUCAGUUCUUGCUGGAAAUACAGUUGGAGCAUGCAAAGCAAGCCUUUGUGCAGAGGGACAAUGCCAGGACCGGAAAAGUCACAGCCAUUGACUUCCGAGACAUCAUGGUCACCAUCCGCCCCCAUGUCUUGACACCUUUUGUAGAAGAAUGUCUAGUAGCUGCUGCUGGAGGUACCACAUCCCAUCAGGUCAGUUUCUCCUAUUUUAAUGGAUUUAAUUCACUUCUUAACAACAUGGAACUCAUUAGAAAGAUCUACAGCACUCUGGCCGGCAACAGGAAAGACGUGGAGGUGACUAAGGAGGAGUUUGUUCUGGCAGCUCAGAAAUUUGGUCAGAUUACAGCCAUGGAAGUUGACAUCUUGUUUCAGUUAGCAGAUUUAUAUGAGCCCCGGGGACGGAUGACCUUAGCAGACAUUGAGCGAAUCGCUCCUCUGGAAGAGGGAACUCUGCCCUUCAAGUUGGCCGAGGCCCAGAGGCAGAAGGCCCCAGUCGAUUCAUCGCGCCCAGUUCUCCAACAAGUCGCAGAAUCAGCCUACAGAUUUGGUCUGGGUUCUGUUGCUGGAGCUGUGGGAGCCACUGCCGUGUAUCCCAUCGAUCUUGUCAAAACGCGAAUGCAGAACCAGCGAUCAACUGGCUCUUUUGUGGGAGAACUUAUGUAUAAAAACAGCUUUGACUGCUUUAAGAAAGUGCUACGCUACGAAGGCUUCUUUGGACUGUACAGAGGUCUGUUGCCACAGCUAUUGGGAGUCGCCCCAGAGAAGGCCAUAAAACUCACAGUGAAUGAUUUCGUGAGGGAUAAAUUCAUGCACAAAGAUGGUUCGGUCCCACUUGCCGCAGAAAUUCUGGCUGGCGGCUGUGCAGGCGGUUCCCAGGUGAUCUUCACAAAUCCUUUGGAAAUCGUCAAGAUCCGCUUGCAAGUGGCUGGGGAAAUCACCACCGGCCCCCGAGUCAGUGCUCUGUCUGUCGUGAGGGACCUGGGGUUCUUUGGGAUUUACAAGGGUGCCAAAGCAUGCUUUCUGCGGGACAUUCCUUUCUCGGCCAUCUACUUCCCGUGCUACGCUCACGUGAAGGCUUCCUUUGCAAAUGAAGAUGGGCAGGUGAGCCCUGGAAGCUUGCUCUUGGCUGGUGCCAUCGCUGGUAUGCCAGCGGCAUCUUUAGUGACCCCUGCUGAUGUUAUCAAGACUCGAUUACAGGUGGCCGCCAGGGCCGGCCAAACCACUUACAGCGGCGUGAUAGACUGCUUUCGGAAGAUACUGCAGGAGGAAGGCCCCAAGGCUCUGUGGAAAGGAGCUGGCGCUCGUGUGCUUCGAUCCUCACCCCAGUUUGGUGUGACUUUGCUGACAUACGAAUUGCUGCAGCGCUGGUUCUACAUUGAUUUUGGAGGCGUGAAACCCAUGGGCUCAGAGCCAGUUCCUAAAUCCCGGAUCACGCUGCCUGCUCCCAAUCCUGAUCACGUCGGGGGCUACAAACUGGCAGUGGCAACAUUCGCAGGGAUCGAAAACAAAUUUGGACUGUACCUACCUCUCUUCAAGCCAGCAGCAUCUACCUCAGAAGUUACCAGCGGAGGCCCCUAG